AUGAUGAAUGAAGAGUUCGAUGCGUUGAACAGAGCAAAAUCGAGGAAACACUCGAGGACAGGUUGUAUCACAUGUAAAGUACGGAAAAAAAGAUGCUCCGAACACAAACCCAUCUGCGCGGAUUGUAGACGGUUAGGAUUCUCCUGCAUGUAUCUGCCGAAGAGCACAGAUAGGAGGACGUUGCAGCACUACAAGGAGCUCAUUGAAAGGGAGCUGUUCGACCACAAGUUCAGCAAAAAGGGCCACAGGCGUUUUGAUGAAGUGCAGGAGUGUGAGCAGGAGCUGGGGCUGGAGGCAGAGCUGGGGGAGCAGGAGGAGGAGCAGCGAGAGGAAGCGCAUGAGGAAGAAAACGAGGAGGAAAACGAGGAAGAAAACGAGCAUGAGCACGAGCACGAGGAAGAACAUGAAAUUCUCAACGGCGCCCAGCUUAUACACAUAGGAGCAGAACAGCUGCAUUUGGACCUCGACGAUGAGUUCAGUCUUUCACUGUCUCCUAGAUACUCUCAGCCACUCACGGAUCCCAUAUGCUUGGAGCUAGACGGCGUUGGUAUGCAUUUAUACAAUUACUAUAGAGACCAUUUGGCCAAGAUCAUCUCCAUCGCUCCAACGAAACAGAACUACUAUCUUCAAGUUUUUUUGCCAAUGGCCCACCAGCACAAAGGGAUUCUGUAUGGACUUAUGGCCUGGUCAGCUCAUCACUUAUCGAUCACGGAGUCGAAUCACGAUGUUCAGUCAAAGGAUGAGAAUUACCUCACCAUAGCAAACGAAUACACUUUGAAUUCUUUGACCAGAUUGAAGUCUGAAUACAGCGAGUCAAAUUUUCUCUGGUCGCUUGCCCAAGUGCUCAUCUUGUGUGGUGCGGAAAUAUGUCAGGGGGAUGUCAAUAAGUGGAAAGUUCUACUGAAACAUGGUGCGGAACUUAUUGAGAAAAACUGUGGUAAAGAUAUUUCGGAAAUUUUGUUCUCGAAUAAACACACCAAUCUGGACUCAACAACACGAUAUUGGUUGAUUGCAAAUUUUAUGUAUCAUGACAUUAUGUGCUCGCGACAAACAUUUUUCCCAAUGAAUCAAUAUCAAAGGAUAUUAGAUAAUCAAUCGUCGCAUGACCUGAGAAGCUUAGAUGAUUCAAACUUACAGUUAGAUCCUUUGAAUGGUAUCAAUAGACCAAUACUUUUACUUAUUGGUGACAUUACAAAUUUGACAAGAAAGAUGAAGUCUGAUUGUGAGCAGUUCAACAAAGAUCAUCCUAAAUUUGAUAAGUACAUGAAAACAGCAAUGGAUAUCCAAUCGAAAUUAUACCAUUUAGUUCCAAAUGUAAUGGAAAUGAAAUUUUAUGAAGAGUUCUCGAAUGAUUAUCAACUCAGUAUCGAACUUUUCCAAUUGAUGCAGACUGCUGCAUUAAUCCAUUUGAAAACCAUUUGUCUCAAAUAUUCAAAGGACUCGAUCGAAAUUCAAUAUCUCUGGAAGAUACUCUCACAAAAACUUACACUCAUUCUCGGUACCAAACUAGAAGGUUCGCUUUGUUUCCCACUUUUUAUAUGUGGCAUAAAUGCUGUCUCCGAAGAGCAAAAAUCAUUAGUAGAAUCGAUGUUCGAUGAUAUGAUGAAAAGAUACAAGUGCUAUAACUUUCAACGUGCAAGAACAAUAAUGAGAAAGGUCUGGAAGCAAAACAGCGAUAAUGAGUCCAUCAGUAAUCGCAGCAGUAUCUCAAGUACAAGUACUGGUACAGGUGCAGAAGAUAACUGGUACGAAUUAAAAAACAAGGAUUGGUACGACAUCGUCGAUGAUAUGGGUUGGGAUAUAAGUUUCGCAUAA